AUGAGAAAAAUAAAUUUUGAUAGUUCAUCAAGAAAUAAUGAAAUACCACAAAUAGUUUAUGAUAAUAAAACUAGAGAAAAAUUUGAAUUUGUUUCUUACAACGGAGGGUGUAAUAUUAAUUUAAAAAGAUCAGAUGGGUCCUUAUUUCAUCCGUCAGCAAAAAAUCAAUCAAGAUUUAGUUUCUAUGUAAGUGAUAAUGAAAAUUAUCAUGACUCAAAAGAAAUAGAAAUUCAAAGUCAAUUGAAAAAUGAAAAGAUAAGAAAUAAAAAAGAAAUUAAAGAAAUAAAACACCAUUAUUUAGAUAAAAUAAAUAAAUUAAUACAAGAUUGUGAAAAUGAAAAAUUAACAAACCAAAUCCUCAAAAAUCAAUUGGAAAUUGAAAAAAAGCAAAUUGAAUAUUUAAAACAAAAAAUGGAAAAAGAUGAACUUUUACCAUUUAAAAAAUUUGAAAAUGAAAUUGAAAUUAAAAAAUUAGAAAAUGAUAAACUUUUAAAUCAAAUUAAACAAAUUGAAAUCCAAAAUAAUAGAAAGCUAUAUCAAAUUAAACAAAAUGGAAAAGAUAAAAGUGAAAGAGAAAAAGAAAAACUGGAAAAAAUAGCAAAUGAAAAAAGAACUGAACAAACCUAUGUAAUUGAAUCAGAAAAUAAAAUAAUUGAAAAAGAGAUGAUUGAAAGAGAAAAAUUGAAACAUGAAAAUCAAAAACAAGAAAUUGAAAGAAAGAAAAUAGAAACACUGCCAAUUGAACAAAAUGAAGAAAGAGAAAGACAACUUGAAAAAGCAAAAAGAGAAAAACUUGAUUGGGUGAGACAUAUAGAAAAACAAAUAUUAAAGAUAGAAAGAAGAAACAAUUAA